ACUGCUACUGAGAAUCACUGGAAGUUCUGACCACAGGAUUUCUCCAAACUCUUUUUUUUUGCAAGUAGUACAAUAGAUACUUUACCCAACACAGAGAGAGAGAGCGAUGGGAAGGAGUAUUUUGUUGCUGAUUUUGACAACAACCCUGGCAGGGGUGUCACAGACUGAGACGGGCUUGCUGAGACAGAAAAGACAGCUUUCUAAUUUCCCCUAUCGAAGGAAAUCAGGUGGCCUCUGUCGUCACGGUGGCACCCCUGUCCCCGCCCUGUCCGGAGAACACAUGUUCUGCUUAUGCGCAGAUGGUUACGGUGGCAAACACUGUGAGCUAGAUACAUCAGCCACCUGCUACACAGGCACUGGGAUGUUCUACAGAGGUAAAGUGUCUCGGUCAGAGAGUGGACGCAGGUGUGUGGGGUGGGACCUGGACACCAGAAAACGCCUGAUGGGGUCUGACGUCUCCUCCGGGAGGCACAACUACUGCAGGAAUCUGGAGUACAAAUGGCGUCCAUGGUGUAAUGUAAUGAAGGGUGGUGAACGGGUGCAGGAAUACUGUGAUAUCCCUCGCUGUGGCGUACCUGUGGAGACAGGUCCACUUGAUUAUCUGCCCGCUGAGCCCGUUGUACCAGACACAGCUUCCACAUGUGGCCAGCGUACCGGGAAGCAGAUGAAGAUCGUAGGAGGGACAGUUGCUACUGUGGAAUCCCACCCGUGGAUGGCUGCCAUAUUCUGGAGGAGCAGGCAUUCUAAAGAGAAUGUGUUCCGCUGUGGAGGAAGUCUGAUCUCUCCGUGCUGGGUGCUGUCUGCUGCCCACUGCUUCCCUGACAGCUCUCACACUAAAGCCUGCAGCCUCUCCGUCACUCUGGGGAAGAGUGCCAUCAACGAGACUGACGACACCAAAGAACAGACGUUUCAGGUGGAGAAGGUCAUCGUGCACGCAGAGUUCGACAACAGUGAAGGCAACUUCAACAAUGACAUCGCUCUGCUGAAGUUAAAGGCUAUAGAUGGUCAGUGUGCAGAGGAGAGCAGCUCUGUGAGGACUGUCUGUCUGCCCCCGGAACGCCAGGCCCUCAACGCGGGAUCCUCCUGUGAGAUAGCUGGAUACGGAAGACAGAAGGAGGGUUUAUGGUACAAUUCACAGUACCUGAGGGAGGCAACGGUGAACCUUUUGGCCCAUGAUGUCUGCUCAGAUAAGGAGUACUACGGAAACCUGAUCACAGAUAACAUGUUCUGUGCUGGGACACCGGACUGGAGUCAAGAUGCGUGCAAGGGUGAUUCCGGAGGGCCCAUGGUGUGUGAGGUGGAUAAUCGGAUGUUCCUUUUUGGAAUCGUCAGUUGGGGCGAGGGUUGUUCUAGAGCAUUACGCCCAGGCGUGUACACAACAGUGACCAACUACAACAAGUGGAUAGAGGAGAACACAGGCCUAUCCUCCAUCGCAUCAGGGUCUAUGUAUCCACAGAAAUAACCUCCUUAGGGUCUUUGUUAUAGAUGGUCUAUCAUGUUGUGUAAAUUGUACAUAUAUAGGAAUAUAAGUAUUUUAACUCCUGUCAUUUAAACAUAUUUUUGUUCUUCUGUCUUCUCAAACGGGGCAACAAUACAGCAUUUUUAUAUUACUCACAAAUCCAAGGUUAUUCCAAAACGUCUCCAACCUUGAAAGUCUGCUGUAGCAAAACGUAGGAAGAUCUGCUUCCAGUGACUCACCAGUGACAGCUUGUAAUAUGGUUACCUCCCUAAUAACAUACACCCCUCACCACCCUCCCCACCCUCACCACCCAGGAUCCUCGACCUAGUCAUGAAUCUGGAAUCUGUAUUGACCAGUGGUCAACCUUGAACCACAAGGCUUGAGAUAUUUUACCCGAUGGCAAUUUAAACAUAAUUAAGGCUAGACUUUUGCCUUAAAUUUGUCACCUGGAUGAAAGGAAUGCUUCAUACCUCCAAUGACAGGUCUUGUUAAGAUGAUAUGUUUGGUUUUGUAGGGGUCAGUUGACAGUCUUGUCCACCAGCCAGCUCUUUUUCUGUUGAACCAAUGUAUGUGGUAGCAAUUAGCCCGAGGGGCGAGGUUAGUCAGUUAAUGGCAAAACAUUUAGCCUAUGUUUUUGGAAUUCUUCAGCAUUAUUAGUGCCUGAUGAGAGGCCUAUAGUGGUGAGCCUGAGUUUUCCAACAGCUCACUCAUUCCAUUCAACCCAUAAAAUGAGACUUGUUACAGUGUUGAAUUGCAGCUGUUGAAAGAGGCAUUCCAUCUCUGUUGGCAAGAAAUAUUAUCUGUGUGUAACUCAGAGAAUCUUUAUUUUAAUUUGUCAUGGUUUUUCACACAAUGAAUAACAUUAGCAUUACUAUUGUUUUGAGUUAUUUAGCUAAUAAACUUUGUAACAUACUUA